UCAGAGCAGAAUGGCUGCAGUCACAGAGCUCUCCUUCCUGCUGUUUGCUCUCAUCAACAACGUUCAUGCAGAAGAACAUAUCACCAUCCGAUAUGAAGGGGACUCUUACACCUUCAACCCCCCCAAGGAGGACAACCUCUGCCUGAUCUCCAGAUUUGUUGGUGAAGAGAAGCUCCUCCUGUGGAAUACCUCUGCCCUCUGGUCCGAGAACUCCACGGUACCUGAAGACUUGAAGCGACGACUUUCAGUUGGCAGCGUUAAUAAUAUUUCUUCUUACACGAUCCAGAACCUGACCCAUUCCGACUCCAGCCAGUACCAAGAGGAGUGUUGGACCGAAGGCAAAGUGACAUCUGAGAAAAACACCAGUAUCACUGUUUGUAAGACAAAGGAUGAGCUCAAAGUGAUUGAUGUGAGUUUUGGAGGAACAGUGGACCUGCCAUGUGAGGGAGCGGCUGACAAUCUGGAUAUCCAGUGGCUCAAGUAUGACCAUGGAUAUAAGACAUGGACAAAAGUGUUUGAGGACGAUACAACAUCGUUGAUGGACAAUGUUAAAGUGGUGAAAACCACAUCAGCACUUCGUCUCUCCAACUUCACAUUUACAACGUUUCAAUGGUACAUGUGUCUGGUGAUGAACCAGCAGCAGUGUGUGAGCAGUCACCCUGUACAAGUUAGUGUGCCACCAGAGAUAAUCUACCACUCAGUGGAAGAGACGGCUGUGCUGCAGUGCAAUGUGACUGAUUUCAGUGACGACCAGCCCCCAGUUUGGAUGAAGAGGAAUUUUACAAAAUCUUCCGACACUGGCCAAGGACAACUAAACAAGACUGUGUCUUAUGUGGAUGAAGAGGUGGGUAGAAACUACUCACUGGUGAUUUCAUCUCUGACGUUAAAUCACUCAGGCCAUGCUGCUUUUUAUAAAACAGGGCACAUGCAGGGGCGCUGUAUAGGGGGGAAAAGACAGGACAAUUCCAAGGGCCCAUGACUGACAGGGGCCCCAACAAAUAGAUUACACAAUGUGCUUGAUGACUCCUGAUGUAAGUUG